AGCGAGAGGAGCCGCUCGCCCGCCCGCCCGCCCGGAGCGCGUCUUCAGCGGGCUGCCUCGGCCAUGGUGGACAGCAUCUACCGGACCCGCUCGCUGGGCGUGGCGGCCGAGGGGCUGCCGGACCAGUACGCCGACGGCCGGGCGGCGCGCGUCUGGCAGCUCUACAUCGGCGACACGCGGAGCCGCACGGCCGAGUACAAGAACUGGCUGGUGUCGCUGCUGCGGAGCCAGCGCUGCUGGACGGUGCUCGACGUGGCCUGCGGCACCGGUGUUGACUCUAUUAUGUUGGUCGAGGAAGGAUUCAGAGUCACCAGUGUGGAUGCCAGUGACAAAAUGCUUAAAUAUGCUCUGAAGGAGCGAUGGAAUCGAAGGAAAGAAGACUCCUUCGACCACUGGGUUAUUGAAGAGGCUAACUGGCUCACCCUGCCACAAGAUCUGAAAAAGCCUGGUGAGGGAUUUGAUGCCGUCAUCUGCUUGGGGAACUCUUUUGCACAUCUCCCAGAUUUUAAAGGUGACCAAGGGGUUCAUAAACUGGCCCUUAAGAACAUUGCCAGUAUGGUUCGGCCUGGUGGCAUUCUGGUCAUUGACCACCGUAACUAUGACUACAUCCUGGAAACGGGCUGUGCCCCUCCUGGGAAGAACAUCUAUUAUAAGAGUGAUUUAACCAAGGACAUCACUACAUCUGUACUCCUUGUGAACAACAAACCAAAUAUGGUGACACUGGACUACACACUGCAGGUUCCACCUGAGGAAAAUGAUGGAAGCCCAGAACUUAGUCAAUUCCGUCUCUCUUACUAUCCUCACCGCCUGGAGCCUUUCACAGAACUGCUGAAAAAUGCCAUACAAGGCCCAUGUGAACACACCAUCCUGGGAGACUUCAAGCCGUACACACCGGGCCAGCAAUACAGCCCUUGCUAUUUCAUCCACGUGUUGAGGAAAAUGCCUUGAGGACUCUCCUGCACACCACCUCAGCAGGCAUAUGGUCCUCUCUCUUAUUGCUGGAAGGGCCGGUGGUGUGCAAACCCUACGCACGCAACCGUGAAUGAGCAUAGGAACUGUGAGAACUAGAAGAGGGAGGAACUGGAAGGAGUUCUUUUCCUCCUUCCAUCUUUUCCCCCCUAAGGGUCCAAUCUAGUUAAUCUGCUUUGGGGACUGGAGCAGCUGUUGCUCCAGUCAGUGACCUCUGAGGGCCAGAGGUGGGGACAGCUUGCUCUGGAUCUGAAUCAUAUGCUAAGUUGUGUGGCUGGCUCAGGUGUAUCUUGCUGUUUCUUGAUUAUUUUGCUUCUCUUGCUGAUGUUGCCUGAAUAAUUUGCAUCAAUGUUUGAGAGAAUUUAUUAAUGACUGUACUUGUCUGUGUUUCUUCAGGGAUUGGGAAGAAAAGGAGGGGUGUGGAAACUGCUAAUCAUGUCUUACUAGGACUAAGGAACAUGAGUGUCUCUCCCUGUUUUUAAGCUACAACAUGUAUUUGUGGCAAUGCUGACUGCAGCUAACGGAAGUCAAACAACUUCUGGAGGGACAUGUGUUUCCCAGGCUUGCCUUAAGUUUUGGUUGCCAGAGUAUGGGAGCUUGUGUAUGGGUGUGUCUUUGUCACUGGGGAUCUUGUACAAUUUGCAUUCAUGUCAGCAGGACCUUAUUCAGGAGACCAUCCGGUCUUCGUUAAGGGCCCCCCAAACCUGGAUCCAGCCCUGCUUUUGCAAUUGUGCCUCUUCAGGGCUGGGUCUUCAGAGGUAAAAGAAUGGACUGUCUCACUACUUCUGAGAGGUGCAUGCUGGGGGCAUUUAAAAUUCUUUGCAUAUUUUAAAAAAACCACCCUCUAGCAUAGCAGAAGGAAUGAGUUUAAGGUUACUCCUUUGCCAAUUUACAUGUACAGGACAGCAUUCCAGAAGAAAUCCUCCACUUUUCCUCAAAGAACUGCAGUUAAUUCUAGUGGUAAUGCUAUAUCUUCUUCCUGCUACACCUGUAGAGCAAGCCCAAAGCAAUUGGUUUCCAGUGCUCCACAAAUAUGGCAGUCGUCUUUUUACUGAUACAGUUUUAAAGUGCCUUCCCUAAAGUAAGAGCCCAUAAGAAAACAUGUCUGGUGAGGCCAAGACAGACUGCAUUUCUAUUACUAAGUACUCUAUGAAGCAGGCAACCCAGAUCAAGUGCUUGCUGCUGCUGUCUAGCCAGAGAAUUAGAGUUCAGAUAGUCAAAUUUGUGCAUGAGCUGAACCACAGAUACCCCACUGCUGUUGAUUUUGCAUCAACUGGGUUGCUGAGUUGCUCAAGCAUUUCCAGAGCCUUAAAAAGCAGAAGUAUUCACAAGAAAUCACACAGGAGAAAGGAAGGACAGUCAAGCAAAGCCAAAAUAGGUAAGAGUAGCAAAACCUAAAAAAUUAGAAUACUGGCCCUCCUUCCACAUCUGUGACCACAAAUGAGGCUUCUAUAUGACUCUUAAUAUUGAUAAAGGCAAUGUAGAUUAAAUGAACUUCACAAAAUGGCAAAGAAGCUAUUUGAGAGUAAGAGCAUCUUAUUGCCCUACAAAUAAACAAAUGAAAUCAGA